GGCUCUCCAUUUCCACCGAAUCUCUCUAAACGAGAGAGAGAGAGAGAGAGAGCUUUGAAGAAAAAUGGUGAAAUUCUCGAAGGAAUUGGAAGCUCAACUGAUUCCUGAAUGGAAAGAUGCGUUCGUCAAUUACUGGCACCUCAAGAAGCUGGUCAAGAGAGUCAAGCUCUCUAGAACCCCUAUUCCUCCUCCUCCUUCCUCCGCCGCCUCCUUUUUUUCAUCUCUCGCCGCCCACUUCCCCCUCCGCCUCCUCCGCCGCCGCCGCCCUCUUGACGCUGACCACCUCUCUCAGGUCAAAAAGAACGAAGAUGGCAACGACGGUAUUGAAGAUCGCGAAACCGAGCUUUCCCAGUUCUUCUCCGAAGAAGACGAGGUGAAGAUGUUUUUCGAGACGUUGGACGAAGAAUUGGACAAAGUGAACGAGUUUUACGGGAGUAGAGAGAGUGAGUUUGUGGAGAGAGGGGACAGUCUUAGAGAGCAGCUUGGAAUUUUGCUUGAAUUCAAACGGAUUCUUGAACAUCGCCGCCGCAAAACCUCGCCGGCCGGCGGCUUUUCCCGGUCGUCUUCCUUUUCUCCUCGCCACUCCAAUUUUUCUGAGAACUCGGAAUCAAACGAAGCGUCAGCGGAAGUAUCGGAGACGGAUGAAGCAAUCGCCGCAUUGGAGAGGCACGGGGUCACGUUCAUUAACGCCGCGGUGAGAGGGAAGACGAAGAAAGGAAAUAAGCCGAAGAUGGCGCUGCGAGUCGACAUUCCAGCCACCACUCCGUCGAGGACCAUCUCCGCCGUCAUGGGGAUGUUAUGGGAGGAUCUCAUCAACAAUCCGAACAAGGAUGCCUCCGGCGACUCGAUCAGCCGGAAGAAGAUCCAGUGGUCGGAGAAGAUGCUUCGAGGCGCCUUUGUUGAGCUCUACAAAGGCCUCGGCCUCCUCAAAACCUUCAGUUCAUUGAAUAUGAAAGCGUUCGUAAAGAUUUUGAAGAAAUUCGACAAGGUAGCUAACCAGAAGGCGUCGACUACCUACCUUCAACAGGUGAAAAGGUCGCCGUUUAUCAGCUCCGAUAAGGUGGUAAGACUAAUGGACGAAGUGGAAUCCAUAUUCACGAAGCACUUCGCCAACAAUGACAGGAAAAAGGCAAUGAAAUAUUUGAGGCCUCAGCAGCCUAAAGAUUCCCACAUGACCACCUUCUUUGUUGGUUUGUUUACGGGUUGCUUUGUGUCGUUGUUUAUUGUAUACGCAAUUUUGGCGCAUUUGUCCGGUGUCUUCUCCCGAACAAAUGAAGUUUCUUACAUGGAUGCUGUUUAUCCUGUUUUCAGUAUGUUUGCGUUGCUAAGCUUGCACAUGUUCGUGUACGGGUGCAAUUUGUUCACGUGGAAACAUGCGAGGAUCAAUUACAAUUUCAUUUUUGAGUUUCAAUCGAGUACUGCGCUCAAAUAUCGUGAUGCUUUCCUUAUAUGCACCACCACCAUGACUGCUGUGGUCGGAGCUUUAGUCAUUCACUUAAUUCUAGGACUCACUCGCUUCUCAUCUGUCCAAGUCGAUUCCAUUCCCGGGCUUCUUCUACUUAUUUUUCUCAUCCUACUUGUAUGCCCGUUGGAUAUAUUCUACCGACCGACGCGCUAUUACUUUCUUCGCGUGUUUCGUAACAUAAUUUUCUCUCCUUUUUACAAGGUUUUGUUCGUUGACUCUUUCUUGGCAGACCAACUUACAAGCCAGAUCACUCUGCUGAGGCUCAUGGAAUCCGCUACCUGCUACUUCUUUGUGGGUUCCUUCGGAAUGCGUCGAGGCGAUGUCUGCAAAUCCGGGACGUUGUACUGGGAGCUGGCUUACCUCAUUUCAUUUUUGCCAUACUAUUGGCGUGCAAUGCAGUGUGCAAGAAGAUGGUUUGAUGACAAUGAUUUGGACCAUUUGGCUAACAUGGGUAAGUAUGUAUCAGCCAUGGUGGCAGCUGGGGCUAGGCUUACGUAUUCUCGACAAGACACUCGCCUCUGGUUCGUAAUCGUAUUAGUCACAUCCUUUGUAGCUACAAUAUAUCAGUUGUACUGGGACUUUGCAAAGGAUUGGGGAAUCCUCAAUCCGAAAUCUCGAAACCCGUGGCUCCGGGACGAACUCAUCUUGAAGAACAAAAGCGUCUACUACCUGUCAAUUGUUCUGAAUGUGAUCCUAAGAGUUGCUUGGGUCGAGACGGUAUUACGGUUGCAUAAACUACAUAUUCGAAACGUCGAGUCGAAAAUGCUCGACUUCCUGUUAGCUUCAUUGGAGGUUAUCCGUCGAGGGCAUUGGAAUUUCUACAGAUUAGAGAACGAACAGCUAAGCAACAUAGGAAAAUACAGGGCGGUUAAGACCGUUCCUCUACCGUUCCGUGAGGCCGACUCCGAUGGCUAAGACCGAUUCAGGAAAGUACGGGUCGAGUCCCUAACAAAGCUGACCUGAAUGAGGGGAUGAGGCUAGUCUCAUUCAUCCUACUAUUCCAAUUCACACUUGUUAAGCUACAAAGUGUAAUUUCCGACGCAUGGUCCCAAGCGAUAACACUCUCGCUCGGCUCCUUGACACAUAGUAAUGUAAUCCUAUUUUCUCAAUUGUAAGAAAUGCUUGUUUCUAGUGAAGAUUUAGCUGCUCGAGUAGCACUCGAAACUAUGCUAAAAUCUACGUGUGUGUUCGUAUAGAGUACGUGCUCAUAAUAACUCCAGAAGAUACCCAAGUUAAGACUUAGCUAUACAAUUGCAAUAUCAUUAGAAACAGAACCAUUGUACCUUGGAGAUUGAAAAUGAAAACAAAAGUCUUUUCUCAUC